AUGUCAUCGAGAUCGCCCGACGCCUUGAAUGGCGUUGUUAUCGGGCUACUGUCCUCCCUCGGCUCCGCCGCCCUAAUAGGCAUCAUCUUCGUCCUCGUCUACUUCUUCAGAUACACAAAUUCAGGCCGCAUUCUCCUCGACCGCAUCGGUCGGCCUGGCGAGUACGAUGAUGAGCAGGCAUUUGCGAGGGAGGAGGCUGAGGCCCUCGAGACCAUGGACGACAUGCAGAGAUCAGAGUAUCUCCGAGCCAAGGCCUUUGUCACAUCCAAUCCUGCCGAGUCACUGCAGACCGACAUAUCACUAUCGCAGUACCUAGCCAUACAAGAGAAGGGUGUCUCGGCAUGGGAGUUCGAGCCAGAACUCGAGAUCGCCAACUGCUUCGUCGAGGGCCGCACAGAAAUAGAGUUCUUCGACUCCGAGUGUACCGUCAUGACCAACCUUCCCGUCCCCAAACAGAACGAGGUCUACUACUGGGAGGCAAAGAUUUAUGAGAAGCCUGAUGCGACCAUGCUCGCGAUCGGGAUGGCCACCAAGCCUUAUCCGUUGUUCAGGCUGCCAGGCUUUCACCGACACUCUGCGGCUUACUUCUCGAAUGGUUACAAGCGCUUCAACCAACCGUUCCACCAGGCACCAUAUGCUCCUCCCUUUGGCCAGGGCGACGUGAUCGGGUGUGGAUACCGACCACGAACGGGGUGCAUCUUCUAUACCCGCAAUGGAAAAAAGUUGGACGACGUCGUACACGGCAUCAAAAAUCCCAAUUUCUUCCCCGCCAUUGGCGCCAACGGACCCGCAACUGUACACGUCAACUUUGGGCAGGCUGGUUUUGUGUUUAUUGAGGCCAAUGUCAAGAAAUGGGGCCUGGCUCCGAUGACAGGGUCUUUGGCCCCACCACCACCCUAUGGAUCGGAGGCCGGCAGCAUCUUGUUGGAGAGUGGCAGGAAGGAUGGUUACAACGGAUCCCAGCGUACCCACGCUCACAGCCAGUCUGUCCAAACGUACUUCAGACCACAGCACCAGCAAGGCCUGGAGCCUCAUCCUGGCCACGGUCGCACGCGCUCCGGAAACUUCAGGAUGCUCUCUCCGACGAGUCCCGGUCCUGCUCGCAGCCCUACGGACAUCUCACUCGCCCAGCUCGUACCCAACGAUGACGACGGCGGCGAGCCUAGCAGCGCCGCCGCCACCGGUCCCGCCGACGACGCAACCACCACAGUGCCAUCGGUCGGCCUUGGUCUGCAGGAGCCGAGCCAUCCGCCACCCGAGUAUACCAGCCCUGAAUCAUCUGACGCCGAGAGUCGGCGGGAUAGCUCAGAGAACGAACACGCACCCCUCAUACGUAUCUCUCGGAGCAGAGGGGCGUCCUCCGUGACAGCGAGCGGGCGGGGCAGCAGGAGGAAUACUGCGGGGCGGGAGAGCCCACCAAUUCCAAGUUACAGCGAUGCUGUGCGGCAAGGAGCCGGCCGUGACCGCAGCGACAGCUCGAGGUCAAACCGAUGA